AUGUUGCUGCCUGCCUCCACCUACCUGGCAUGGCUGGAACCUGCCUGUUCCCUUGCCUGUCAGUACCAGGAGCUGGGUAACAUCGUGGAGCACAUGCACUCCCGGGAGGAUGCCUUCCGAACGACCAUCAGGGAGUUGCAGGACAAGCUUGAUGCCAACAAUCAGGACAAGCGAAAAGCCCUCCGAAAACUCAAAUCUACGCUGUCGGAGCUGGAGCUGACGCACCAGCGACUUGGUGAAGGAGGGGGUCCCUUCGAUGCAGAUGCACGCAAGCAGGGGCCGCUUCUCACCGAACGGCCCUCCAGUAAAUCUGGACUGCACAUCUCAGCGGCAGUGCUUGCCCUGGCUGUCUGGUGGUUUUACUCCCAGGACCAACCAGCCCUGCAGAGGAAGGUGGUCUUCUCCGUACUCUUCCCGCUGGCAUGGGCGUACGUCGCGGCCCUGGGCAGCAGACGGCCGCCCAUCACGCUCCUCUGCUGCGCCUGCUGGUUCCUGACCGGGUUCGUGGCGGCCUACCGCCUCUCGGCGGCCCAACGCACCCUCCUGUAG